AUGGCCCUCCACCGCCCGCUCGCGCAAAGCUGCCGAGCAUGCCUCGCCAGCACUCGACGCACCUCUCGACCUGCCCUCGCACCACCACGAGAUCGCCCCUUUGCCUCGUCGUCGCGCUUCGCGAGCGAACCCGACCUCAUCUCCCCCUCGUCGAGUGACCGCCCUCCCUCCCCACCACGACCCCGCGCGAGCCCGUCCCCGCACCUCAAAGACCUGCACGCCUCGGCGCACAAGCGCCUCGCCCAGGCGCGCGCCAACGCCCAGCAGCAGCUGCGCACCCUCCUCCGCUCGCUCGACGCCGGCGCGCGCAAGCAGGCGCACGCGUUCGCCGCCGCACUGCAGGCGCUCGAGCUCGAGCGCAAGGUGCGCGAGGUCGGUGGGCGCAUCAACCAGGCGACGGGUUACGAGGAGAUUGAGCGGCUGAGGAACGGCGUCGGGGCCAAGGAAAAGGCGCUCAUGGACGCGCGCGACAAGGCCGUGUCGCUCAAGCAGGCCUACACGGAGCGCGUCAAGCUCCGGGCCGACUCGCAGCGCGAGGUCAACGACCUGCUGCAGCGCAAGAGCGCCUGGACUGGCCCCGACGUCUUGCGCUUCACCGAGCUCGUGCAGCAGGAGCACACGAACGAGCAGGAGGAGAACCGGGCAAAACUUGCCAUGGACUCGGCCGAGGAGGCGGUCGAGAAGGGCUUCUCGGAACUCAUGCAGGCGAUCCUCGAGCGGUAUCACGAGGAGCAGGUCUGGAGCGACAAGAUCCGCUCCAUGUCGACCUACGGCUCCCUCGGCAUCACGUCGCUCAACGUCCUCCUGUUCCUCAUGAGCCUCCUCCUGAUCGAGCCCUGGCGGCGACGGCGACUCGUCGAGAACGUCGAGGAACGCUUGCGGGAGAACUCGCAGCAAGGUCACGACGCGACGCAGAAGCACCUCGCAGGCCUGCAAGAGCUCGUCCAGCAGGCGCAGGCCACCCUCGACGCCGUCGCCGCCUCGACCGCCGCCCUCGCCGUUCCUCCUCCUCCUCCUCCCGAUCUCGCGUACUAA